CAGCAGGAACGCAGCAGCAGCAAAAUCAGCAGAAGCUCAGUCGACGAAUUUUGGGCAGCGCUGCGGCUGAGGGAAAGCAGAGUAGAGAUGGAAAAACAUCGAUGUUUCUUCACCAACUGACCAGCCAAGCACUAGCAUAUUUCUUGUUGUCCGCGUCAGGAAAAAUCCCGUAAAAAAUAAACGCUUAAAAACCCUACAAAGUUAGACAAUGAGUGCUAAAAUCUAAAGCUCAAGAUAUUUUAAAAGCGUGCCUCUUCAGUGUCCGUGUGUCUCUGUGUCUAUGUGUGAUUGUGUUUGAAAAUACAAUUGGUAAAAACUUAACAAAGAAAAAAAAACUAUGAUCUAUCCAAAAUAAAAAAAAAAUAUUAAACAAACCUUUUUUUUUCGUAUGUUCAAGUGAAGAAGAAGCAGCAGCAGCUUAAGAAGAAGAUGUAGCUAACAUCUAUUAAUUCGACUAUUGUUAACCUAGUUUCACAUCCCAAAAAUAAAUUAAGCAACAAGGACUAGCUCAGAGCAGCACUGGCUCCUCUGGCUUCGAUUACGCACAGCUCUAUCACUAUCUAGAGACAAAAACUACCAAGGACUCGAAGAAGAGAAUCGCCGCGGGCGGAGGAAGAAACCAAUCCCCCCCGCACUCCACGGUUCUCCUCGGACCAGGAUCAUCCCCCUAUCCCAACCCCGACACUGUUCAACCCCUGUAGAACCAUCCAGUCCGCCACUCUGUCCACUCCGUCUCACUGUUCUCACAAAACUAUUUGGCAAACUAUUCCUCGUUGGCCAGACUAUUCGAGGAGGAGCACCAUCGCAUAACUGAGGAUAGAGCAGCCGGAGCACUAGGACGACUCAUGUUACAAAAAUGAAAAAGUUCACAUUCAAAGGAGUUCUAGAUGGAUUUCGACAAAGCGUCCAGCCCCAAGCCACACGACAGGAGCAGGAAAUCCAGGAGCAACUCAAGGCCGACCAUUUUACGUUAAAGAAAACCUUUCGCCAUGGCUUUCCAUACUCGCCCACAUCCUUCGCCUUCGAUCCAGUACAAAAGCUACUAGCAAUUGGCGACAAAUCGGGCUACAUUCGUCUUUUGGGACGACCUGGCGUCGAUGCCCAUGCCAAACACGAGGGCGAGUCCGAGUGCGCCGUGCUCUUUGCCCAGUUCCUGGUCAACGAAGGCGCCUUGGUCACCGUCACCGCCGAUGACACCAUUCACUUGUGGAACAUUCGCCAAAAGACACCGCGCAUUGUGCAGAGUCUGAAAUUUCAACGGGAGCGCGUGACUUGCAUACACCUGCCCGUUGGCAGCAAAUGGCUGUACGUGGGCACUGAGAAGGGAAACAUACACGUUGUUCAGAUAGAUACAUUUGCACUUAGUGGAUAUAUUAUUAACUGGAAUAAAGCAAUUGAAGUGGUUAGAACUAGUCAUCCAGGUGCUGUGAUUGCGUUAUGUGAUAAUCCAUUGGAUGCAAACAAGUUGCUUAUUGCAUUUGAGUGCGGGCUGCUUGUGCUGUGGGAUCUGAAGGCGAAAUGCGCUGAAUUACGAUGGCAAGCGGCCGAGGCCGUCAAGUCCCUGGCCUGGCACUACGAGGGCAAGUACUUUGUGUCCUCGCACACGGAUGGCUCCAUUUGCUCCUGGCCAACGAAGCCGCAGGCCAAGCCGCAGUCGCAGGUCUGCCCGCAUGCUAAAAUCAACAAGGAUGGCAACGCAGAGAAAUGCAAACCGAUUUAUAAAGUUGACUUGAAGUCCAGCGUAACUGGGGAAACCUUCACAAUUUUCUCGGGUGGCAUGCCCUCGGAGAAGGGCUCCAAGUCGAACUGCAUCACGGUGAUGGUGGGCAAGGCCACCACGGUGCUGGAGAUGGAGCACGCCGUAUGCGAUUUCAUCACACUCUGCGAGAAUCCCUGGCCCUGCGAAACCCAGGAGCCGUAUGCAAUUGCCGUGUUGCUGCAAUACGACUUAGUAUUAAUAGACUUAUUAACACCCGGUUUUCCAUGUUUUGAAUCGCCUUAUCCAAUGGACUUACACGAAUCACCUGUUACAUGUUGCACAUAUUUAACCGAUUGCCCAUCGGAUUUGGUUCCUGCUUUCUAUUCAGUUGGUCGCACAACGACAAGUAAAAAGAGCUGCUUCUCGGAGCGCGAAUGGCCGAUAUCCGGUGGCGAGUGGUCGCCGGCGUCGUGCAGCUAUUCGGAGAUCGUGAUCACCGGACACCAGGACGGCAGUCUCAAGUUCUGGGACUCCGGUGCCGGCACGCUACAGAUCCUCUACAAGCUGAAGACGGCCAAGAUGUUCGAGAAGCCGCGCUCCCACGUCGCCCACUCGCAUCCGGAAAGCGACAAUCCGCUGGCAGUGCACCUCAUCUUCCUUUGUUCGGAGUCGCGACGCCUCUGUGUGGCCGGCGCCAUGGGCCAGGUGAUGCUAUUCAAGUUCCGCAAGGUGGAGUCCACGUCGGAGGUCCUGGUGCUGGAGAUACCCAUACUCUAUGAGAAUUUUGAUGACAUUUACGGCACGAGUCCCGAGUGCGACUUCCUUACGGGUCAUCAAGUGCAGAAGACGGAGUCGAGUGAAUCGGAUAAGACGACCGAGUGUUCGCUAAAGGUGCGCUUUGGGGCGCAGCGCAAGCCACCGGGCUUCCAGUCGCAGCUGGUCUGCCUCACCACCGGACCCAAUCGCCGGAAUGUGCAGGUCACUUCGCUGUGCAUCAGCUCCAGUUACGGCCUAAUGGCUUAUGGUACCGAAUAUGGACUUGUCAUAAUUGAUAUAAUCCAAAAAAUUUGCCUAUUGAGUGUUGCAUGCCCCGAUCUGUAUGGCGCACAUGAUCCUUACUCGCGAACACCAAAAAGUCCAAAACGCAUUGAGAACAAAGAGGAGCAAAGCCGAUCGCCCAGCUCAGAUCAGCUGAACGACACGACCAGUCCGGAUAGUCCGUCGCUUGAAUUUGUACCAGAGACGGCCGGCGAAGCAACAACCCUCGACGGCGUGUCGACGGCGAUGAGCUCACGUCCCAGUUCACCAGAGCCGGUGGUGAAUAGUUCCCGUGAAACGCUGCUCAGCGGAUCGGCAGCAGCAACGGCGACAGCAGCAGCAUCGGCGGCCAUGAUGGCCAAAAGCCCCCAGCGAGAAGAUGCGGCUCCCAAGGAGCUGCAGGAUAGAAGAAAGUCCAUGUCCUGGAAAACGUUCAAUUUAAAGCGUCAAUUAUCGAAAGUCAAUAUGAAGAUCGGCGGUCUGAAUGUGAACACCGAUAUGGAGGCCCUCAAAAAUAGCUCAAUUUUCUACACGCCCAAAGAGGUGUCACCGGACGGUGCCACGCCACCGCCCACAGAAGAGGAGGCGACGCCGGAUGGCAAAGAGGAGGGGUCCUUGGACGAUGCUGAAAUGGCACCAAAUGUGAUGGCACCAUCUCAAUCGCCAGCAGUUCGUGGCAAAUUUCGCUCUGCCACCACAGAUUCGCCGGACGAAGGGGCUGGUAGCAGCAGCACAACCACCACUGGCAUACGACGGGUUGACUUUGAACAGCCAGCUGCGGUGGAGCCGGAGCGGCCCAACAAUUUACCGCUGGCUGAUACACCCGCUCCGGUGAAGCCAGCCCGGCAAAAGUUUAAGGAGAAGUCGCGUGAUCAGCGGCUAUUGUCCGUUCCGAACAUUAAGUACCAGCCGCGAGAUUUGCGCGGCGGUGUACGGAACCUCAAGAACGAUGUCUCGCCGCUGAUGGGCGGUGGGAGUGGAGGAGGCAUUGCCAGCGGCAGCGGAGGAGUUGGAGGAAGCGGCGGUGGAGGCAAGAAGAUACAUAAAUUGGAUGGAACUUUCUCAAGAUCCAGAUCAUCGUCAAUGUCCAGCAUUGAUAUGUCUUCCUCUGAAUCUGUUACCUGUUUAGCUUUUAUCGAGAGUUAUGCAAAACGUAAUGAUAUUUUGACACUUGUUCCUACUUUGUGGAUUGGAACUAGUUUCGGUUCGAUACUGACAUUGUUCAUCACCAUGCCGGAGCGAGAUGUGCGCAAAUCUCAGCCAGUAUUGAUAACAAUAAAUGGCGGCCCUGUGGUACGACUCAAAGGAUCCAUUACUUCCAUGUCUUUUUUAGACUCAUACGGUUCGAUUAUACCCUACACGUUUGAGACUUGGCGUGACGAGAAACGGGACAACAAAGACCGCACACCGACAAAGAGCAGCAGCCGCACCAGUCCCACAUUCACACCGACAACUGCCAAUACAAUAUCAAACACUUCGGUCGCUGGCGGCAUGGCGGGUGGAGCGGCUGCUGGUGGUGCAGCCGGUGGAGCAGCCGGUGGUGCGGCGAGUGGAACGACCGCCGUCGGUACACCUAGCGGUGCGGCCGGUGGGUCAGCGGGCGGAGCGGCCGGCGGCAGUGGAGCGGCCACCGGGGGCGGUAUGAGCAGCAGCAGCGCCAGCAGCAGCGGCAUCAGCGGAAGUGUGAGCACCGGCCUGGAAACUCUCACCGAUCGACAAUACAUCGUUAUCGCUAGCGAGAAGCAAACAAAAGUCUUCGAUGUGGCCAACCAGUGUUGCAUCAACCGCAUACAAUUAUCGGAAAUGGAUUUUGCAGUCAAGGCAGAAACUAUCACGAUGAAAGAUGGCUCUUGCUUAGCAACCUAUCUUUCGAAUGGCCAUUUAAUGGUACAUAGUCUUCCUAGUCUAAAACUGUUAUUGGAUACUGAUUUCUUACCGCUUAUGGAACUAAGUUUUCAAACAAAAUGUAAACAGGGAAUUGUGGAUCCAAUGCUUUCGAUAUGGGGUCAACAGAUCAUUGUUCAUGAAGAUACAACUCAAAUAUCAAAAAUAUUUUGCUUUAGUCAUAAAGGUCAUGGAUUGUACAUGGCAUCGCCCACCGAAAUUCAAAAAUUCACGAUAUCAUCGGAAUUUUGUCAAUUUAUUUUGGAGAUGAUGGGUGAACUAUAUACGGUACACGAAAUGCCCGAACAGCCGAAGGAGGGUUUCUUCAAGGGUCUAUUUGGCGGCGGCGCCAAGCUUCUGGAUCGCGAGGAGCUAUUUGGCGAGCAGAGCGGGAAGGCGAAUCGAUCGGUGGCCCGGCACAUACCCGGACCCUCUUUGGAUCAGCUCGGCCAGCGGGCUUCCACCGCCGCAUCGGAGAUCAGCCGGGCGCACCAGCUGGCCAUGGAGCGUGGCGACAAGCUCAACUUGCUGGAGGAGCGCGCCGAGCGCAUGGCCAACACUGCUCAAGAUUUCAGCGGCACUGCGCAUCAAUUAAUGCUUAAAUAUAAAGACAAGAAGUGGUAUCAGUUGUAAAAUAUCUAUUUUAGGAGCCAAUUCUACCACAGUUAUUGUAAUAUUGCUUUUAUAACACUUUCUACUACAUUACGAGUAAAGUACACUUAUUUAAUUUCUGUUUUCAAGUCGUCACGUUAUUUACAAAAACCCAAAAUCAACAAAAAAAAAACAACAAAAAACGAAAAUUCACAAAAACAAAAACAAAAAAACUGAAAGAGAAAAACCAACAAAAAAAAACUGUUUUUAAUAAAAAUAUAUAGACCAAAAAACAGGCACUAUGGCGUCUUAUUGGAUUGUUGGCAUUUGCUUAGAGAAAAUAAAUGGAUUUGGUACUUUAAAAAUGUAAAAAA